CGUUCGCAUCGGAGUUGCUUCGCAUUACCCUCAGUACGACGGUUGAAGUUAUUCGUUGUUCGACCGUCUAGGAGACAAGUCUGUGGGUUCGGAACCGCGUGGUGAUAUUAAUAAGCAAUUACUGCUCGUCUAGCUUUUACAAUGAGGCACCUAAUUGUGGGAAUUGUUCUGGCUGUGGUCAGCUUCCAGACUAUCAACGCUCUGCAGUGCAUGCAAGGAGUGGAAGUGAAACAGGCGGGAAGCGGCAAAGAAACCCAACAGAAAGAGAAACCCCUGGAGGUUACGGAGUGUGGUGCAGCAACCGCUUUGGCCUCGACUGCACUGCUGUUUGCGGUGAAACCCAGCUCAAUCACUUUCCCGUCCGGUGACUACAAGUGCUAUCAUCUGAAGUAUGACGAAAAGAACAGCGAGUCUUCGACCAUCGUCAAGGGCUGUAUCUACAAAUCGUUGAACGUCUGCGAUGGCAAGUUCACGUCGGACAAUAUCCGGGAAUCGUUCUGCAGUCAGUGCGACAUGGAUGGUUGCAACUCUGCCGGUCGUUACGGAAUCGAUCUUAAACUGCUGGGGCUGACCAUGAUCGCCGCUAUAGCUUAUCUGCUGAAGUAAGCAGUUAAAGGAUGCUGAGCUCCAGUCUACUAUGUAGUGUUACGUUUCCAUUUCAUCUAUGCUAUCGUGUGUGAGUGCGAGUGGUGGGGCUGUCGGCUAGACUCCCCAACGCGUACAGUAGUGUGCUAUGUUGAAAGAUGAGCUAAGCGUUCAAAAUAGCGUUCUUCUGACGCCAUGCGACAGACAGGACAAGUGAAGAAGACAAAUCGAAAGAAGUUUUUGCCAGUGUGCCAGAGUUUUUUUUAUGGAAAAUCGAUACCAGAAUCUAACACAAAGAACGACCAACGAGGACGGUUGUACCAAAAUGUGCUUUGCGAUAGUCGUUAACUCAUGAAACGAUGAAACUCAAGAUGAAACUCAUAGAAUCGGAUGCCUUUCGUUGACUUCCACAUAAACAUAACUUACAUAAAGAAGAAUAUGUAAUAUUCUCCCUGGUGGUUUGAGUUAAACUGAUGAAUCAUUACCGAUUGACAAAUCUCAACAUAAACAGUGCUUAUACAUUACACACAUAUUUGCUAUUUUUUCGGCUUUCCAUGUCAAGGUGAAGAAUGAAAAUAAACGGCCGGGGCGCCAAAGAAAAGACA